GUUUCUAAUCGACUGUGGCAAUCACACAUUCUCGUUCGGUCGGGUUUUCACAUGCCGCGCGAAUAAAAAAAAACCGAUAGAAAUUAAAGUGUAUUUUUGAAUUUUUACGCCAAAAUGGACAAAUCUAGUGAACCGACGUUAGCCAAGGAAGCGGUUUUGCAGGAGAGCACAAAAAUCCCGGAAGGAACACCAACCGUACAAGGAUACGACUGGAACCAUGGGCGGAAUUACGAGGCCCUGUUCAGAACUCUACUGCAUUCCGGAUUCCAAGCCACCAAUCUCGGGAAAGCGAUUGAAGAGGUGCAGAAAAUGAUUGACUGCCGGAAAAUACCUCUGCCAGAAGACAAGCAGGAUACCUAUGAGGAUGACGAGUUCAUCAAACGCAAAUCCAACUGUACCGUAUUUCUUGGUUACACAUCCAACAUGGUAUCCUGUGGUGUUCGAGAAACGAUACGAUUUUUAGUGCAGCAUAAAAUGGUUGACUGCAUUGUGACAACUGCUGGUGGAGUUGAAGAAGAUCUGAUCAAAUGUCUAGCGCCCACUUACCUAGGUUCAUUUGAACUGGAAGGAAAGCGACUUCGAGAACAGGGCAUUAACCGAAUCGGUAAUCUACUUGUACCCAACGAUAACUACUGUAAGUUCGAGAAUUGGGUCAUUCCGUUACUGGAUGAAAUGUUGGAGGAACAGCGGUCUUCGGGAGUUCUAUGGACACCUUCCAAGGUGAUACAAAGGCUCGGAGAAAGAAUCAACGAUGAAAGCUCAGUCUAUUAUUGGGCCGCUAAAAAUAAAAUACCGGUUUUUAGUCCAGCACUUACCGAUGGUAGCCUUGGUGACAUGAUGUAUUUCCACUCGUUUCGCAAUCCUGGACUAGUGUUAGAUAUUAUAUCUGACCUUAGACGAUUGAAUACCAUGGCUGUGAAGGCAGUCAAUUCAGGCAUAAUUAUAAUAGGAGGUGGCGUAAUUAAACAUCAUAUCUGUAAUGCAAAUUUGAUGAGAAACGGUGCUGAUUUUUCUGUUUUCAUUAAUACUGCAUCAGAAUAUGAUGGAAGCGAUAGUGGUGCUCGACCGGAUGAAGCGGUAUCUUGGGGUAAGAUUAAGAAAGACGCAACGCCGGUUAAGGUUUAUGCGGAAGCAACUUUAGUAUUUCCCAUACUUGUGGGAGAAACAUUCGUUAAAAAUCAUUUUAUGAAAAAAAGAAAAUGAAUAAACAAGUUAAACACA